ACUGCGCUAAUCAAACCCCACCUGUUCGAAAUCCGCAUAUCGCUGCUGUCAGUCGAACGCCGACACACGCUCUUGGCCUGUCGUGCUAGCUGAGAAGUAUGGGUCAGACGCUGUCGGAGCCAGUGGUGGACAAGAAAUCCGAUGAAGGCCAGGAUGACCGCGUCGUUUUCGGCGUCAGCGCCAUGCAAGGCUGGCGGAUAAACAUGGAGGAUGCCCACGCCACCAUUCUCGACCUACAAACCCUGUCACCAGAUGGUGAGCAGAAAGCAGCGGAUGCGGAUGUACGAAUAUCGUACUUCGGUGUAUACGACGGACAUGGAGGAGACAAAGUUGCACUCUAUACAGGCGAGCAUUUGCAUAACAUCAUUGCGAAGCAGGAGGCAUUCAAGAACAAGGACUUUGAGCAGGCGCUAAAGGACGGCUUCCUGGCGAUAGACCGGGCUAUACUUAGCGAUCCGAAGUACGAAGAAGAGGUCUCCGGCUGCACAGCCACAGUUGGCAUCAUUACCAGCGACAAGAUCUAUGUGGGCAAUUCUGGCGACUCAAGGACCGUCCUCGGCAUCAAAGGCCGCGCCAAGCCACUGUCGUUCGAUCAUAAGCCACAGAACGAGGGCGAAAAGGCUCGGAUCUGCGCAGCUGGCGGAUUUGUGGACUUUGGUCGGGUGAAUGGCAAUCUUGCAUUAAGCCGAGCAAUCGGCGACUUCGAGUUUAAGAAGAGUGCGGAUUUGCCACCGGAGCAGCAAAUCGUCACUGCUUUUCCAGAGGUGACGGUUCACGAGAUUAGCGAGGAUGAUGAGUUCGUUGUUCUCGCCUGCGACGGCAUUUGGGACUGUCAAUCAUCGCAAGCAGUCGUCGAGUUCGUGCGUAGAGGCAUCGCUGCAAAGCAAGAAUUACCUGCAAUUUGCGAAAACAUGAUGGACAACUGUCUAGCCAGCAACAGCGAGACCGGCGGUGUCGGCUGCGACAACAUGACUAUGGUCAUCGUCGGCUUGCUCCAGGGCAAGACGAAGGAGGAGUGGUACAACAUGAUUGCCGAAAGGGUGGCAAAUGGGGACGGGCCAUGCGCACCUCCAGAGUACGGCAAGUCUUAACCCUUUUUGGAGCACGCACCUUUCCAAAUGCUGGGGCCAUACGGUCCGUACUGUCGAGAGAAGGUGCUGCCGGCCGGCGACGUAAUAACGCACCUGCUGACCGUCUCCUAGCCGAGUUUA